CAAGGUUAUUUUUCCUUUGUUUGUGUACAACUGCAAUUCCUUAAAAAUUGUUAUAAAUUGUGACUCAUUUUUAGACACAAUAGUGUUACAUUGUCUAUAAUUAUUUUUUAAGAUUAAGGAAUGCGCUUUUUAUUUUAAUUCACUAUGUCAUUGCCAAUAGAAGAAGAUCCUAUCAUAAACGCUGAUAUAAGAGAUGAUGUUACAAGUAGCAAUCGUAAUCUAGUUGAGGUUGAACGAGAGGAAACAACAGGAUGGAUCAAAAGUCGGACAGUGCUAGGCAUCAUGGGCUUUCUAGGUUUCGCCAAUGUGUAUGCCAUGCGUGUAAAUCUGUCUGUAGCUAUUGUGGCUAUGGUAAACUCAACAACUGUACAGAACAAUUCCACACUAGAUGUAUGUUUAGCUCCAACCCCUAGCAAUUCUUCAAUACCAGCAAAACCGGGUGAAUUUAAUUGGGAUGCAGGACAACAGAGUAUUAUUUUAGGAUCAUUCUUUUAUGGAUAUGUUUUAACACAGAUACCAGGUGGAAGGAUAGCUGAAAUAUUUGGUGGAAAACUUGUCUACGGGAUAGGAGUCCUGUUAACUGCAAUAUUUACUAUUUUAAGUCCCAUAGCAGCGAAAGUGGACUUUAAGUUCUUUAUAGUUGUGCGAGUACUGGAAGGUUUGGGUGAAGGUGUUACUUACCCUGCCAUGCAUGCUAUGCUAGCUAGAUGGAUACCACCAUUGGAAAGAUCAAAGUUUGCUGCUUAUGUUUAUGCAGGAUCAAAUAUAGGCACAGUCAUAUCUUUACCAAUAUCAGGUUGGCUCUGUACCCUUGAUUAUGCUGGUGGGUGGCCGCUGUGCUUUUAUCUGUUCGGAGGCCUUGGUGUAUUAUGGUUUGUUGCAUGGAUGUUCCUAAUUUACGAUACUCCACAAAAACAUCCAAGGAUUUGCCCGAAAGAGAUUGAAUAUAUAACAAAUUCAAUUGGUGUUCAAGAAGAUAAACCAUCAAUGUCGAUACCAUGGUGCAAGUUCCUAACCUGUUUACCCCUGUGGGCGAUAUUGAUAGCGCAAUGUGGUCAAUCCUGGCUCUUUUAUACACAACUAACAGAGCUACCAACAUAUAUGAAUAAUAUACUUCACUUUGAUAUUGUUUCUAAUGCCCGCCUCUCGGCGUUGCCAUAUCUGACGGCAUGGAUAGCGGGUAUCAUUAUCAGUAUAUUUGCUGAUUGGUUGCUGGCCAAAGGUUGGAUAUCCCGAUUGGCCAGUAUGAAGUUGUGGAAUACAGUUGCGGCAUUUGUGCCGGCGUUCGGCUUGCUGGGCAUAGCGUGGGCAGGCUGCGACCGCACUGCCGUCAUGUUGUUACUCAGCAUUACUUCAGCAUUCGGUGGCGCUGUGUACGCAGGUAACCAAAUGAACCACAUCGACUUGUCGCCGCAGUUUGCGGGCACGAUGUAUGGAAUUACGAAUGCUGCCAGCAAUAUCUGCGGAUUCAUGGCACCGUAUGUCAUUGGACAGAUCAUCAGCUCGGAUCAGCAAACUCUGGGGCAAUGGCGCGAAGUGUUCUACUUGGCCGCGGCCAUUGAUUUAGCAGCGAAUCUUUUCUACUUAUUCUUCGCAAGUACCGAGGAGCAGGAUUGGUCUCGUCCGGACAACGAUGACAUGACAGCAUCCGCGCCUGUGGAGAGCAUCAUGUACCCCGAGUCGUAGUGCCGGCGUGCUGCGCGCGCAGACACCGCGCUCUGACGUCACGUGUCUGCGCACACGCACCUCACACCUCACACCUCACACCUAAAUGAACGUACCAACUUGUGUCACUUCAAUUAAACAUCUAUGUUAGGCAAAUAAUAAUCAUGGCGGGUAUUACGCUAUACCAGUUAUGGUGUGAAAAUUUUGGGAUAAAAUGAAAUGAUAAUUAAAUAGUCAUCUUUCAUAUUAGACAAGCUGUAAGAGUAUAGUUUAUUGUUAGGCUCUUUUUCCACUAUCGCAGCUGCGACUGUCCGAGUCGCGUUUUGUGGAAAAAGGGCCUUACUCUCGUUCACACGAAACGGUAAAUAUAUUACUUUUGAUUCGAAACGCCUUGUGGUCAAAUCAAAGAUAACCAAUUUUUUAGUUUCUUAAACCUUUCUGUUAACCAUAACACAAUCGUCUUUUUUAAAAUGAUAUAAUUUAUUAAGUUGUAUAACGAGGUGAUUACUUAAUUAAAACGGUUUUAUAAUUUAUAAUUUUUAACUUUUAAUAACAUACUCUGUGGAAUGAUUUUAUAGAGAUAUCUGGCACAAAUAUCAUACCUAAGUAUUCUAUUACUUUUAAAAGAAAAAUAUAUUUACCUUUUAAAAGAUUACUUUUAUAUCAUUAUAAGAACAAAGUAACUUACCACAGUAACAUAAGUCAAUUAUUUUUGUGCUAAAUUCUUUAAUGUCUAUUGCUUUUAAUACUUUACUCUUUGUUUUCAUUUUGAGAUACGUAAAAAGUAAUAAAAUUAAGUUAUCCAAGCAUGGUACAGAAUAAGCUAUUAUGCUUACAGUAUUAUUUCAGCCAAAAUGAAAAUAAAUAAUAAUUUAAUAUUUAAAUUAAAUUAUAGAUAUGUUUUUAAAACCUUUCGCCUAAGUAAAUAAUUUAAUUCAAACUUAAAUGAACAUAGAAGACCUAAGAAUAAUCUAAGACUUAAAAAAAAAUGUCCAAUGUCUAGAGACGUCAAAAAUCGCGCUAUAAACCGGUAUAGUUCUUUAAUCUGGUGGGCAAAAAUAGCGCCCUCCUGUCAAUGUCAAAACUGACAAUCAAUUUUUCUUCUAUUGCGAUAGCAGCGCCUCUUACCGGGUCAGAUAAGCUUAACGCAUUUAAAAUAAUUCGUCUUGUCAGUCUUAGUUAUCCCAAAUUCUUCUUUAUAUUAAAAUUAAGUAAGAUACGCAAUAUUAUUGUAAAAAUAUCAUCAGUUAUA